AUGACGAACUACAUGGCAACAUUAUUGUUUCCGGAAGGAGGUGGCAUCCACACGCACCUGAGCGCUGAGGUGCUUGCCAACUUCCGUAGUGGCAUCCGGGGACUACUGGAAACUCUGGAUAGGGUGCAAGAUUCACAAAACGGCCUUGCCCGCUUAGCUUUCGGGCGACAAGUGACCACAGAGGAGGUGUAUGAGAUUCUGGAGUUUGCCUUUGAUAAAGCUACCAGGUUGAGCACGGACAUUGCCACCUUGCUGCAAGAAGUACUGGCAUCCGUGGGCCUCUCGACGGCCUUUCUUCGCCGUCAACAACUGCCGGAUGCUCUACUUUUAAGGCUAUGUAGUUGUUUGAGUAGUUAACCUAUAACAUUUACAGCAGAUCAACAUUCAGCAGAUGAUGCUUUUAAGUAGAAGUACAAGAACAUGAACAUGAUAUCUAAAUAUGUCCAUGCCCAUGUCCUGGAUUUUGUUGUUCAAAAAAAGAGAGGAUUUUGUUGAUAAGGAUGCUGCACUUACUUUCAUUGUUGUAACGAUCGGACGGCUCAUCUCCUGACGCUUAUUUAGUUCGAGUUCAACAUCAGUUCCUCACGCUCUAAUGCUUAGCCCACGUUCAACAUCAGCGUGGCAGACGCUGGCUGAGACGCAGCUCUCCGACGAGGUGAGGGGGGUGAUCGCGCUACUAGUGGAGCUCGAAUGCACUCGACUCACGGAACUGCGAAGCUCUUUGGACGUCUUUCGCAUACAAUUUGAGAGGUGGCUUGCACAAGGGCGUCUCCGUCCAACGCCUCACUGGUUCAUGAUA